GGCUGAGGUCCUAGUCUGCCCUCUGCCACCAGCCAGCCAGUCUCCUCCCAGCAGGUGCAGUCGCGGGGUCCCCCUGGGCUUCCCAAGCGGGAAGCAGAAGCAUGCUGGGUCCCCUUGCCAUCCUGUGCGCGCUCCUGUUUCCCGGUGGCUGGGCCUGGAACACGCUGGAGCAGCCGAUUAUGGUAGUGGCGCCCGCGGGCAGCUCGGCCACACUGCCAUGCAAAGCGAGCUCCAGGGUCAACUACAUCCACUGGUACCGCCUCCAGGAAGGUAUGGCCCCCAAGAGGCUCCUCAGAGUAGACAUGUCCGGGCCCUAUGUGCGGAGGGAUUGGGUCCUGAAAGCCGACAAAGUCAACGCCACGAGCGAAGAAGAUAGCACCAGCUGCACCCUGUCUGUGCUGAAGCUGGAGAAGAGCGACGAGGGCGUGUACUACUGCGCUGCCUGGCAGGUCCUCCUUCAGUAUAGCUGGAGUGACUGGGGCAUCAAAGUGUUUGGUCCUGGCACACAGCUCAGGGUUACAGAUGAAAGUCCUGAUGAAGACAUGUCUCCCAAGCCCACAGUUUUUCUUCCUUCAAUUGCUGAAAGAAAAAUCCAUAAUGUUGGAACAUAUCUUUGUCUUCUUGAGGAUUUUUUCCCUGAUGUUAUUAAGAUAGAUUGGAAAGAAAAGGAUGGCAAAAGAAUUCUGACAUCCCAGCAGGGAGACACCAUGAAGACUAAUGACACAUACAUGAAAUUCAGCUGGCUGACCGUGACUGGAGCAUCAUUGGAUAAAGAACAUAAAUGUAUCGUCAAACACAAGAGUAAAAAAACAGGAAUUGAUCAAGAGAUUCUUUUUCCAUCAAUAAACAAAGAGCUUGCCAUUGAUUCUACAAAAUACGAAGACGCCACCCUGCAGCUGCAACUCAGGAACACGUCUGCCUACUACACCUACGUCAUCCUCCUCCUGAAAAGCCUGGUCUACUCCGCCAUCACCGCCUUCUAUCUGCUCGGGGGACCAGUGCUCUGUGGCAAUGGAAUAGAUUUACAAAUCACUGAGGAAACAGAAACUUUCACGCUGCAGCAAGAACAAAUGCUCUCAUGACUCAGGGGCGGGGCCGGGGGACCAUCCACAGGGGCCUCAGCACCGCUCUCUCCGUAGUGUCCCCCAGCUCCUCAGCCACGCAGUCCCCACGCCUCUGCACACAGCCAGCACGCAGCUUCUAGUUGUGUCCCCCGGGGCUCUUUCACCAGAUGACUGCCUGGAAGCCUUUUAUUCUACACAUCCGGAAGCUGCCAUCCUUGCCACCUGAAUUUUGUACUGCUUUUCAUCCUAGGCACAAUAAAAACAGUCAAAGAUCUA